AUGUCCGCGAAAGUUUAUGUUGGCAAUUUGAGUUGGAAUACUACCGAUGAUUCCCUCCGCGCAGCGUUUUCUGCGUACGGGCAAAUUCUCGAUUCGAUCGUGAUGCGCGACCGCGACACUGGUCGCUCGCGUGGCUUUGGAUUCGUCACUUACAGCAGUGGCAUUGAAGCCCAGUCUGCUAUCAGCAACCUGAAUGAGCAGGAGCUCGAUGGGAGGAGGAUCAAAGUUAACCUUGCCAAUGCCCGUGGCGGAGGUGGAGGCGGCGGAGGCGGUGGCUACGGCGGUGGUUACAGCGGCGGCCAAGGCGGCGGCUAUUCAGGCGGUGGUGGCGGAUACAGUGGAGGUGGGUACAGUAUGCCACCUAGUGGUUACGGCCAGCAAGGCCAGGGCUACAGUGGCCAGCAGAGUGGUUACCAGCAGGGGUACGGUGGUGGAUACAACACUGGCUACAGCGGUGGUGCUCCGCAGUACUAA